GUAGUUGCACAAAAUCUCACCUCAGACACGCAGUACAGAUCAGUGGUGCUAACGUGACUGCAUUAAAAGUCAGCUUGGGUUCGCCUCAUGACAGCGUGUGUUGAAGCAUCCCGAUCUCAGGGGGGAUUUCCCCACCCUUCCUCUCCGUCACUGUGAGGCUGCCCUCCUCCACCACCGGCAUUCCCAGCAUGCACCGCGGGCACGGCAGCAAAAAAUAGUCCGCUAACGUAGAGGCCGAGAAUCGGGAACCGACGAAGGAAGGAAGAGUAGCUCUCAAGACCGAAUACGACGACUAUUAUCACCACAACCGCUAACAUGGCCGACAACGAGAAACUGGACAACCAGCGGCUGAAGAAUUUCAAGAACAAGGGCCGUGAUUUAGAGACUAUGCGAAGACAGAGGACUGAAGUGGUGGUUGAGCUCAGAAAGAACAAAAGAGACGAGCACCUUUUGAAGAGGAGAAAUGUACCUCAUGAGGAUAUUUGUGAGGACGACGAGGGAGAUUUCAGAUCGCAAAACACCUCCCUUGAAGCAAUAGUUCAAAAUGCCACCAGUGAUAACCAGGGCAUCCAGCUAAGUGCAGUCCAGGCAGCCAGGAAGCUUUUGUCCAGCGACCGUAACCCUCCCAUUGAUGACCUGAUAAAGUCUGGAAUUCUUCCCAUUCUGGUUCACUGCCUGGACAGAGAAGACAACCCUUCUCUUCAGUUUGAGGCAGCGUGGGCUCUAACCAACAUUGCAUCUGGCACCUCAGAGCAGACUCAAGCUGUGGUGCAGUCCAACGCUGUUCCUCUGUUCAUGAAGCUUCUACACUCUCCUCAUCAGAACGUGUGUGAGCAGGCUGUGUGGGCUUUGGGAAACAUCAUUGGUGAUGGUCCUCAAUGCAGAGAUUACGUCAUCAGCCUUGGUGUCGUCACGCCUCUGCUCACAUUCAUCAGUCCCUCCAUUCCCAUCACCUUCCUCCGCAAUGUCACGUGGGUAAUGGUCAAUCUCUGCCGUCACAAGGACCCGCCACCUCCCAUGGAGACCAUCCUUGAGAUCCUACCAGCUCUCUGUGUGCUGAUCCACCACACUGACGUCAGUAUCUUGGUAGACACAGUGUGGGCGCUCUCCUACCUGACUGACGCUGGAAACGAGCAGAUCCAAAUGGUCAUUGACUCCCACAUUGUCCCACACCUGGUUCCUCUAUUAAGUCACCAGGAGGUCAAAGUUCAGACUGCUGCCUUGAGGGCUGUGGGGAACAUUGUGACUGGCACAGAUGAGCAGACACAGGUGGUCCUCAACUGCGACGCUCUCAAUCACUUCCCUGCUCUGCUCACGCACCCCAAGGAGAAAAUAAACAAGGAGGCAGUGUGGUUCCUGUCAAACAUCACAGCUGGAAACCAGCAACAGGUUCAGGCUGUCAUCGAUGCAAAACUGGUUCCUAUGAUCAUUCACCUGCUUGAUAAGGGCGACUUUGGAACUCAAAAAGAAGCUGCCUGGGCCAUCAGCAAUCUCACAAUAAGUGGAAGAAAAGACCAGGUGGCACAUCUGAUCGAGAAGCAGGUCAUCCCUCCCUUCUGCAACCUGCUGACCGUGAAGGACGCCCAAGUGGUGCAGGUGGUCCUCGAUGGCCUCAGCAACAUCCUCAAAAUGGCUGACGACGAAGCGGAGGCCAUUGCUAACCUGAUCGAAGAGUGCGGAGGUUUGGAGAAGGUGGAGCAGCUGCAGAAUCAUGAAAACGAAGACAUCUACAAACUGGCUUAUGAAAUCAUCGACCAGUUCUUCUCAUCCGACAUCGAUGAAGACACCAACCUGGUCCCAGACGCCAUCCAGGGUGGAACCUACAACUUCAACUCAGCCAACGUGCCAGCUGAGGGAUUCCAGUUCUAGUCGGCAUCUGGGGUACACUGGAGUUUUGUUCACGAUGCAGCACUCUGUUCAACAUAAAACAAAUUAGGAGAGCGAGAGAGAGCGAGAGCGAGAGUGUGAUAAAUUUGAUCCAUUGUGCUUGGCUCGUGGGAUCCAUGGCUGCAUCUAAUCUGAGAGAGAAAUGUGUGGAUUUCAUUUGGCAUUCCAGGGGAACCGGCCCAAAUGAAGUUUGAGUUGGCGAGUGGGUGCGAGUGAGAAUGAGUGGCUACAUGUUGCAAAACUAGCAAAACAUCUACAUCGUUGAAAGACGUGCCGACGUAACUUCUGAUGUUGGAGCUGCUUUCUUCCGAAAAUGGACUCAAACGACGACGACGACGACGAUACAAACUCACGAGGAGAACCAAGGACGCCCCAAAAUGACUGAUCCAGUAAUCUCACCGAACAAGACAAUGCAUCGAACUUCAAUUAUCGAACUGAGAUGAACCACCAACCAUCGCAAUCCUGCGGUCCUCCGACGACAGGGGGCGCCACCCUCCACGCGCCUCCUCCCCAAUCGGCCACGCUAUCAGACGUGUGAAUGGACCCAUUGUGUAUGAAUGUCUGGACUCAGCGCUGAGGAGCCAGGUUCAUCUCCUCCGACAAGACGCCCCGACAGGGCCCCACCCUCUCCCCCCCAGUGGGCGUGGCCAGGAGUCCGGUGGUGUGUGCAAGAGAGUUGGACGAUUGAGUUGUGUGUGCUUGGCUGCGUGAGAGACUGGAUGAGAAGCGCAUGCAGAGGCGGGAAACAGAAACAUCUGGAGAGAAGCGAGGAGAAGAAAAAAAAACGCAACGAUGAGUUUAGGAAAGGUUGCAAGAGCGAAAGUCCGCCUUUGAAAAGAGGCGGAUCCACAAAUCCCUGAAAGGAAGAACUUUGGAUAUGGAAAAAAAAAAAACAA